CUUGACAUUGCACUAAUGAUUGGGGGAACACUCGGAGCCAUUGGCAAUGGUAUGUCUCAGCCUAUCAUGACCGUGAUAUUUGGGAAGCUUAUUAAUACCUUGGGUGGUAGCAGUGGAAAACCAGAUCUCUUAGAUGAAAUCUCGAAGGUGUGCCUUGAUUAUGUUUACUUGGCUAUCGGCGCUGGCAUUGCCUCCAUUUUACAGAUGUCCUGCUGGAUGGUAACUGGAGAAAGACAGGCGACCCGCAUACGUGGUUUGUACUUGAAAACAAUCUUGAGGCAAGACAUUUCAUUCUUUGACACUCAAACAACGACAGGAGAGGUCAUUGGCAGAAUGUCUGGAGACACAGUCCUCAUCCAAGAAGCCAUGGGUGAAAAGGUAGGGAAAUUCAUCCAGUUUGCAUCAACAUUUCUUGGAGGAUUUGUGAUUGGUUUCAUCAAGGGGUGGCGUUUGGCAAUAGUCCUAUGCAGUUGUAUUCCUGCUCUGGUUGUUGCUGGAGGAGCUAUGGCAUUGUUCAUGUCCAAAAUGUCAAGCCGUGGCCAAAUUGCUUAUGCAGAUGCAGGAAAUGUAUUAGAACAAACUGUAGGAGCAAUUAGAACGGUUGCAUCAUUUACCGGAGAAAAGCGAGCAAUCAAGAAAUAUGACGACAAACUACAGGUUGCUUAUGAGUCGACAAAUAAACAAGGACUGGUUUCAGGACUGGGACUUGGCACGAUCUUGCUGAUUGUCUUCUCUAUUUAUGGACUAGCAAUAUAUUAUGGAUCCAGGCUAGUUUUAACCAAAGGAUACAAUGGUGGGGAUGUCAUUAAUGUCAUGAUGGCCAUAAUGAUGGGAGGAAUGUCAUUGGGCCAAACAUCUCCCAGUCUAAAUGCAUUUUCAGCAGGGCAAGCUGCAGCUUUCAAGAUGUUUGAGACUAUCAAGCGUGUACCCCAAAUUGAUGCAUAUGAUAAUAGUGGGAUUGUCUUGGAAGACUUGAAGGGUGAAAUUGACCUCAAGGAUGUAUACUUCAAGUAUCCCGCAAGACCAGAUGUGCAAAUUUUCUCUGGAUUCACAUUGCACGUUCCUAGUGGCACGACUGCAGCUUUAGUAGGGCACAGUGGAAGUGGGAAAUCGACAGUUAUCAGUCUCUUGGAGAGAUUUUAUGACCCUGAAGCUGGGGAAGUGCUUGUUGAUGGCGUGAACAUUAAGCAGCUGCAGAUCAAAUGGUUAAGAGAUAAAUUAGGGCUAGUGAGCCAGGAGCCAAUCCUAUUUGCAACUUCCAUAAGGGAAAACAUACUGUAUGGAAAACCAGGUGCAACGGACUCAGAAAUCAGAACAGCAAUUGGGCUGGCUAAUGCUGCGAAAUUCAUCGACAAACUCCCUAAGGGGCUUGACACAAUGGUCGGCGAACAUGGAACUCAACUCUCUGGGGGACAAAAGCAGCGGAUUGCAAUUGCUAGAGCCAUUCUAAAGAACCCAAGAAUCCUUCUUCUUGAUGAAGCGACAAGCGCUCUGGAUGCAGAGUCGGAACGCAUAGUACAAGACGCCCUUGAUAAGGUUAUGAUCAACAGAACUACAGUGGUUGUUGCACAUAGAUUGACGACUAUCAGAAAUGCUGACCUCAUAGCAGUAGUACAUGCUGGUAAACUCGUUGAACAAGGAACUCAUUCCGAGUUGAUUAAAGAUCCUAAUGGCGCAUACUACCAGCUUGUCCGUAUGCAAGAGGGGUCCAGGUCCAACCAAGCUAAAGGAAAUUCCACAAAAUUGGACGUAGAGAUAUCAGAAGCUUCUAUUGAUUUAGAUGACAGUUUACAUAGGAGUUUGAGCCAAAGAAUGUCUCUGAGAUCCACGAGCAGAGGAUCAUCAAGACAUUCCUUCACUCUCAAUUUUGGAGUUCCUGGUCUCAUUGACAUCCAUGAAGCAGAAGUAGGACAAGAUGUACAUGGAACUGAUGAAGCUGACUUGAAGAAGAGCCAAAAAUUCUCACUUUUACGACUCUUCAAUUUAAACAAACCUGAGCUACCAUUUAUGCUGCUUGGUUCCAUUGCUGCUUGUGGGCAUGGUGUUGUCUUCCCUGUUUUUGGGCUCUUACUCUCAAAAUGCAUUAGAAUUUUCUUUGAACCUCCACAUGAACUAAGGAAAGAUGCGAGAUUUUGGUCACUGAUGCUUGUUGGUUUAGGUGCUUUGACUUUGGCAAUUGUACCAGUGCAGAAUUACCUUUUUGGAGUUGCAGGUGGUAAAUUAAUACAAAGAAUUCGAUCUUUGUCAUUUCAGAAAGUAGUCCACCAAGAAAUCAGUUGGUUUGAUGACCCUGCAAACUCGAGUGGUGCAGUGGGUGCGAGGUUGUCUACUGAUGCUUCAACUAUGAGGAGUUUGGUGGGCGAUGCUUUGGCGCUAGUUGUCCAGAAUCUGUCGACAGUAGUAACUGGGCUUGUGAUCUCGUUUACUGCUAAUUGGAUACUAGCAUUUAUAGUUGUAGCCGUAUUACCCUUCAUUGGAUUACAAGGAUUUCUCCAGGCGAAGUUCCAUAAGGGCUUUAGUGGAGAUGCCAAGGUAAUCCCUGCACAUACACAAAGCCAGGAAAAAGAAAAGAUGCAGUGAACUGAUACGCGUCUCAAUGCUCUGCAGGUCAUGUAUGAAGAAGCAAGUCAGGUAGCAAAUGAUGCUGUUGGCAGUAUUAGAACUGUUGCAUCAUUUUGUGCUGAAGAGAAGGUUAUGGACACAUAUCAAAAGAAAUGUGAAGGCCCCAUGAAAUAUGGUGUUAAGCAAGGAAUGGUCAGUGGCUUUAGCUUUGGACUUGGGUCUUCUGCAAACUAUUUAGCAACUGCAUUCAUCUUCUGGAUUGGAGCUCGUCUUAUUGAACAUGGGAAAGCAACCUUUGGUGAUGUAUUCAAGGUUUUCUUUGCAUUGACAAUGGCAGCUUUGGGAGUUUCCCAGACAACCGCUUUGACUCCAGAUAUUAACAAAGCUAAAGUUGCUGCUGCUUCUAUAUUUGAAAUUCUUGAUAGUAAGCCUAAGAUUGAUUCAAGCAGUGAUGAGGGUCAAGUGCUUGCUACUGUGAAGGGUGACAUUGAGUUGCAACAUGUAAGCUUCAGGUAUCCAACACGGCCCGAUGUUCAAAUUUUCAAGGAUCUGUGCCUAUUAAUUCCUUCUGGAAAGACUGUUGCCCUUGUUGGUGAAAGUGGUAGCGGGAAGUCCACAGUCAUUAGCCUAAUAGAGAGGUUCUAUAAUCCUGACUCCGGGCACAUAUAUCUUGAUAAUGUGGAAUUGUGGAAGCUGAAGAUAAAUUGGCUCAGGCAACAAAUGGGGUUGGUGGGUCAAGAACCUGUACUCUUCAACGAAACAAUUCGGGACAAUAUUGCCUAUGGCAAACGGGGGAAUGUAACAGAGGAGGAGAUCAUUGCUGCAGCAAAAGCUGCAAAUGCACAUAACUUCAUUUCCGGAUUGCCUCAGGGAUAUGAUACUUCUGUUGGAGAAAGAGGGGUCCAGUUAUCCGGUGGACAGAAGCAACGGAUCGCCAUUGCACGCGCAAUACUCAAAGAUCCAAAAAUCCUUUUGCUAGAUGAGGCAACAAGUGCUCUUGAUGCAGAAUCAGAACGUAUAGUUCAAGAUGCACUAGACAAGGUGAUGGUGAAUAGAACCACAGUUGUUGUCGCUCAUCGCUUGAGCACAAUAAAAGGGGCUGAUAUCAUUGCGGUAGUCAAGAAUGGUGUGAUUGCUGAGAAAGGAGGACAUGAUACGCUUAUGAACAUUCCUGAUGGUGUCUACGCAUCACUGGUUGCACUUCAUAUGACUUCAACCUAGGCCAGCUACUUCAUAAUUCUACAAUAGAACCAUUUUUUUUCCCCUUCCCUGAUCCCUCCACUCGUGGUAGAAACAGAGUCACGAUACAUAAGCUUCAUGGUACGCUUGUUGAUGCGUGCACUUUCAAUUGCUAGUCAAUGUUGCAACUCUUGGCACAUUUUUUUUUUCUUUUUUGGAGUUUUAGCACUUUGGUUUAUAGAUAUGGUACUCAAGCUAAUAUGCUGAUUUUGUAUAUAGAAAAGGGUUAGCAAUGCAACCACUU